AACGAGGUAAAUUUCCCAGCAUUCUUUUCGAACUUCCUUUUCCUCCAUUUUUCUUACUGUGCAGGUUUUUGCCGUGCCCGGGAGAACACUCAAGAUGCCUGGAAGACUGUGGAGCAAGGCUAUCUUUGCCGGUUACAAGCGUGGCCUGAGGAACCAGAGGGAGCACACUGCCUUGCUGAAGGUGGAGGGAGUGUACACACGAGAUGAGGUCGACUUCUAUCUGGGCAAACGCUGUGCUUAUGUCUACAAGGCAAAGAAGAACACCGUGACGCCUGGUGGCAAGCCCAACAAGACUAGGGUAAUCUGGGGCAAAGUCAUUCGUGCUCAUGGCAACAGUGGAAUGGUGCGGGCCAAGUUCACCAGCAACCUCCCGGCAAAGGCCAUGGGACACAGAAUCCGAGUGAUGCUGUACCCAUCCCGCAUCUAAUGUGCUGUUUUUGUGUACAUACAAUAAACAAGUCAGGUCCAUA